AUGGCUCAGGUCGACACUCUGGACAUUGCUGUCCUCGUCUUGCUGCUCCUCGGCAGCAUCGCCUACUUCACCAAAGGCACCUAUUGGGGCGUCCCCAAGGACCCCUAUGCCACAUCUGCCCUCAAUGGCAGCGCUUCCAAGAAGGGUUCCCGCAAUAUUCUCGAGAAGAUGGAGGAAUCGGGUAAAAACUGCGUCAUCUUCUACGGCUCCCAAACCGGUACUGCCGAGGAUUAUGCUUCUCGACUGGCAAAAGAGGGCCACGCUCGAUUUGGCCUGAGCACAAUGACGGCUGACCUGGAAGAUUACGACUACGAAAACCUGGACAAGUUUCCCGAGGACAAAGUUGCCUUCUUCGUCAUGGCCACCUAUGGCGAAGGUGAACCCACCGACAACGCAGUCGAGUUCUGGGAAUUCAUGAAUCAAGACCCUCCCUCCUUCUCCGAAGCCUCGGAAGAUAAGCCGCUGGGUAACCUCAAAUAUGUCGCGUUUGGUCUGGGUAACAAUACCUACGAGCACUACAACUCGAUGGUCCGCAACUUGGACAAGAUCUUGACCAAAUUGGGCGCCGAAAGAAUCGGUGCUGCCGGUGAAGGAGAUGACGGCGCUGGCACCAUGGAAGAAGACUUUUUGGCCUGGAAAGAACCCAUGUGGGCUGCCCUCGCCGAGAGAAUGGGUCUGGAAGAACGUGAAGCCAUCUACGAACCAGUCUUCAGCGUGGAAGAGAGAGAAGAUCUCUCCCCAGAAAGCGAUACUGUCUACCUGGGAGAGCCCAACAAGAACCAUCUCGAAGGCGCCCAGAAGGGCCCCUACAAUGCUCACAACCCCUUCAUUGCCCCGAUUGCCGAAUCCAGAGAGUUGUUCACCGUCAAAGAUCGAAACUGCCUCCAUUGCGAGAUUGACGUGUCUAGUUCCGGCAUCUCUUACACCACCGGCGACCACAUCGCAGUCUGGCCCACAAACGCAGGCUUGGAAGUGGAUCGCUUGAUGAAGACCUUUGGCCUGGAAGAGAAGAGACACACCGUCAUCAGCAUGAAGGGGAUGGACCCUACGGCCAAGGUCCCUUUUCCGACCCCAACGACCUACGAUGCCGCCGUUCGCUACCACAUGGAAAUCUGCGCUCCCGUUUCUCGUCAGUUCUUGGCUACCCUAGCGGCCUUUGCUCCCAACGAGGAGGCCAAGAAGGAAAUGACGAAACUGGGCUCCGAUGCCGACUACUUCAAGGAAAAGGUUGCCUCGCAGAUGUUGAACAUUGCCCAGGCUGUCUCGGCUGUCCACCCGGGACCUUGGUCUGCCGUCCCCUUCUCUUGCUUGGUUGAGGGCCUGAACAAGUUGCAGCCUCGUUACUACUCCAUCUCUUCCUCUUCCCUCGUUCAGCCGCAGAAGAUUUCCAUUACCGCUGUGGUGGAAUCCAUUCGCGUUCCCGGUGCUGGCCACGUCGUCAAAGGUGUCACUACCAACUAUCUUUUGGCUUUGAAGGAAAUGCAAAACGGAGACCCUGAUCCAUCACCUCACGGCCUGACCUACGCCAUUACGGGGCCCCGCAACAAGUACGACGGUAUCCAUGUUCCGGUUCAUGUUCGUCACUCCAACUUCAAGUUACCAUCUAACCCCAGCAAACCCAUCAUCAUGGUCGGUCCCGGUACUGGUGUUGCUCCUUUCCGAGGUUUCGUGCAAGAACGUGCAGAGCAAGCCAAGAGAGGUGAAGAUGUCGGACACACAGUCCUCUUCUACGGUUGCCGUCGCUCGACCGAAGACUGGCUUUACAAGGAGGAAUGGGAGGAAUACAAGAAGAUUUUGGGCGACAAGUUGAUUGUGUUCAACGCAUUCUCUCGCGAGACCGCCAAGAAGGUUUACGUGCAGCACCAUCUGAAAGAAAACGGGAAACUGGUCAAUGAACUCCUGCAGCAGAAGGCCAACUUCUACGUCUGUGGUGAUGCAGCCCACAUGGCCCGAGAAGUUAACGAAGUCCUCGGUCAGAUCAUUGCUGCCGAACGGGGAGUGGACGAGAAGAAGGCCGAACAAGUGGUCAAGAGCAUGCGCAGCAGCGGAGUGUACCAGGAAGAUGUCUGGUCGUAA